AGUGAGGUGGUGGUGGUGGUGGUGGUGGGGGGGGGCGAAGAGAAGAGCUGGAUUCGGCUACUAAAUUGUCUGUGCGGGCUACGCAACCUACUGAAGGCGAUGGGGUGUUAAAGUUCUAGGAAAGGGGGCAUUUGCGAUCCAGAAGAAACUGUGCGGCUUCGGGGGAGGAAAGAGGGGGAAAGUGAGGAAAAGAAGACGGAGGCACAGCCAGUCGAAGGCAAGCCAAAGAGCCGACACUCGCACAAAGGCGCAGGGGGGAUUUAUGCGGAAUUGGAGACAGAAUCGGAGGAGCCGCGGUGAAAGAAUGACGAGCGAAAAGUAUGCAACCGCCGUGGUACAUUACCUGAGGUGAAACGAGAAAAUGAUAGAAGAAACACACCCAAACGAUGACAGCUACAUCGUGCGUGUGAAAGCGGUGGUGAUGACGCGGGACGACUCGAGCGGUGGCUGGCUGGCCCAGGAUGGGGGAGCUCUGAGCAGGGUCGGGGUGUGCCGCCUCCUGCCGCCAGAGCUGGCACCCGUGCCGACCUCCAGCAGCUCCCAGUUCCUCAUCCGUGGUGAGCGGCUGCGGGACAAACAGGUGAUCCUGGACUGUCCGCUGAGGAAGGACCUGGUGUACACCAUAGCAACGCCCACAUUUCACCAUUGGAAGGUGGAGGACAGGAAGUGUGGCCUGUCCUUCCAGAGCCCGGCUGACGCCAGAGCGUUUGACAGAGGGGUACGGAAAGCCAUCGAGGACCUGGCUGAAGGCUCCACAACCUCCUCUACAGCACUCCAGAAUGAGGGCGAGCUUGGUGACGACGACGUCUUCACUAACACCACAGACAGCUCAUCCAACUCCUCCCAGAAACUGGAGAGCUCUCUGCAGCCGCUCGAGUCCUCGCCUCUUCCGCAGAGACACAAGUGCAUGUUGGGACAUCGCCACGACCUCCACGACCCCUAUCAGCUCUCAGACCACUACUUCUUGGACCAGCCGUUGUCUCGGCUUCCCCGUCAUGUCACCUUCCAGGAGGACGAGGAAAUCGUCCGCAUCAACCCUCGGGAGCGCAGCUGGGAGCGAACCACCGAGCGUCACUAUGGACGCCAGUCAGAUCGUGCCUGGCUCACGGGCUACGAGGACUACCGCCACGCCACAGUGCGUGACAAGUUCAUCCAAAUGGACGACUCUGAGUCCUAUGUCCACUUUGCCAAGACGGAGGCGCAGAAGCACGACUACACCUAUCCUCUGGCACCGGCCUUGUCGCCUUCAGACUCUGACCCCGCCCUCGGACCCUUGGUCAGUAAGGGCCAUGGCGGCUCAUAUCGCCAGGGCUUCUCCUCUGUGGUCUCCAGCCAGCCCCGCUCCUUCCUCCCGAGCUCCUCGCCAUCCACCAAUGGCGGGAAGGGGCGGAAGGAGGAUGGGCUGGAGCGAGCUCAGUGCGAGCACUGCGGCGAGGCCUUUUUCAUCUCCGACAACCGGAGAGGCCGAUGCCACGAUGCGCCGGACCCUGUGCGGGCGUGCAUCAGGCGGGUCAGCUGCAUGUGGCUGGCAGACACCAUGCUCUACCACUGCAUGUCCGAUCCAGAGGGGGACUACUUAGACCCCUGCUCCUGUGACGGGGGCGAGAGCAGCGGGGGAGGUCGACUCGGCACACGCUGGUUAGCUCUUCUCGGCUUGUCUCUGGUGGCGCCCUGCCUCUGCCUUUACCCGCCUCUCCAUGCUUGCCACCGGGCGGGGCUCAGGUGCGGCUGCUGCGGAGGCCGACACAAGGCCCUAAGCUGAGCCGCCGCGCUCGGAAGCCUCUCGGAGGAAAAAAUCUAAACCCAACACAAGCACAGGGAAAGGGAAGGACGGGGAAAUACACAGAGGGGACAAGUGGUCGUGGCUGCUCACUCUCUUGCCUUGGUUUCUCUGGGAUUCUCUACAAAUUCCAGACACUGAAAUAAGCCAAAAAAAAAAACAGUUGGUGCAUUUUCUGAACGGCCUGGGAAGAUAAGCUCCCCCUUACGGCAGACAGUUCUCUCAGCUCUCCACAUGGCCAUUUCAUGCUCUGUUUCUAGUGAGAGAGCACUCUUUUUCAGGGGGCCUUUUUUUAUAGCUGACCUAUAUGUCAUGUAUCACAUAUGCAGGUACUUUAUACUUUGUACACUGACUCGGCGUCAAAGAACUUGAAUUGUUCCUUUGUUCUAUUUUUUCUCUCCUUUGAUGUACGCGUGGCCAUUUUGUUUAUAAUCUAUUCCAAUAUCAGGCCCGCUCAGCUCAACUCCAGCUACAUGAGAAAUCAGACACUACACCUCUUUGCGUGUGUGAGUGUGUGUAUGUGUGUGGAUGGUAUAUGUGCAUGCUUACAAUGUGCACCGAGGCCUUCUGUUGUCUGUACUGCAGCUCAUAGUAAAGCUCAUGUAUAUAGUCUACAUAGCUCUCCACCAUCGACAUCUUCUUUGUUCACUGAAACAAAUGUGGUACUCAUCUUAAUCUUCUAAUAUCCCAAAGAUUCGUGUUUUUAUUCUAUUUAUUUUCUCACUGAAUUGAUCUACCAGCAAAAAGGUGCUGGGUUGUGAUUCACUCACUGAAUGAGACGGUGCUCCAAGUCAUGCUACGAUACUCAAGCAUCCGUCUCCCUGCUCCUUUCAUGUUAUUUCAAACAGUGCCUAAACUACCGCCUAAACCAGGAACCCAUCCAGUCUUAUAAUUCCAGUCAGCUUUUUGGCAUAUUUUACAGAAUAUAUAAUCAAAGCGGUGCAAGAUUUUAAGGCUCUGAUUUCCUCAUCCUCUGCAGAACCUCAGUCAGCAGUCCAUGUCACGUCAAGGACUGAAAAAUCAAUCAAGAGAUACCGUUAAACUUGGUGCCCGUUAUGCCUUAAAAUGUGGAGUCUGGCUCCAAACUUCACCCCCAUCCCUCUGAAGAUGUCUGCUACAAUGAAAAACAGGAGCACGGUUACGGCUCCAAGCAAUCAGCCUCACCACGUACUCUUUUAAACUUGGUUUAAACUAUUUUUGUAAUGAAAAGGAACUCUUAAAAAGGUUCUCAUGUAAACUAAGGACUCCAGUUUGCUUGCGAUGUACAAUCAACUCCCCUCUUUAAGCCUUCAGUGGAGCCCACCGGUCACAUGUGGAACAGCAAAGUCUGAAUUGAUAGGGAUCUGAAUGGUGCAACAAAUUAAAUUAGUGGUGAGAUGUGUUUAAAAUUAUUUAACACAUAAUAUCCUCCUACAAAGUGUAAGUUUAAAAAACAAAUACAGGUGUUAAAGCAACCUUACAAGUGAAAAUUAGUAUAAAACCCUUAAUUUUCUUGUUUUGCGAGUGAGUCUUAUUUCAGUUAUUUAUAAAAUAUGAGUAUACGUGUCAUUCUUGAGUUGUGAAAGGAAUAAUCUGACACUUCAGGAGGUACAUGUCUUGGCUUUGUUGCCAAGAGUGAGAUGAGAAGGUCGAUACCACUGUCAUGUUCGAGAGGCGGUUCGUUUAGCUUAGCAUAAACACUGGAAACGGGGAAACAACAAGCCUGACUCUGUCCAAAGGUUACAAAAUCCACCUACCAGCUUUAGGGCCUGUGUCCAUGUAGUCUUUUUUUUCUCAGUGCUGGCGUCUUCUUUUGGUGAUGUCACUGUUGCUGCUUUAGCUAAGCUACUGUCUACUGUCACAACAAUGACAGAAAACCUAAUUUUCUGGGAGCAGAUCGAAUGGCAGACACUCGCUGUUGCUGGUGUGUGUGUUGUGCUUUGAUCACCCUUUGCGACUGUGUAGUCAACCUUCUGUUGAUGCCGCGUUAUGUUAGCUACCUGGCUAAUGUUAGUGUCAAGAUAUUGUUGUCAUAGAAACAAACCCACACGCAGCAUGUCAUUUUAAAAAAAGUGCUGCCAACACUUUUUCUGCUGUUGGAAAACGCUAUGUGCACACAGGCCCUUAGAGGUCUCACUUACUAACAUGUUAUAUGUUGUUUGUUUUAGUCAGAGCGAAACUUGAAGUGCAAAAUUGUUCAAAAUUGUUCAGUCAAGAUACAAUGUGGUAUAACAUGUUGAUGACUGAGCCAGGCUAGCUGUUUCCCAGUCUUUAUGCUAAGCUAAGCUAAUCAUCUCUUGGCUGCUUGGCUAUUACUGACCUUUCAGUAGAAGAAAAGAUAUAUGAGUUUUACCAAAAAGUCCAAAGUAUUCCUUUAAACAUUUAGAAAGUAUUUUUUUAUUUAGAAAAAACAUUUGGUUACAUUCUCUGAAACUGUCACUAUAUCCUGACGGUGGUACAUGAGACAAAUAAUCUGGCUCCCCCUAGUGCUCCUAAUGGCAUGUGCAAGAAUCAACCGGGCCUGAACGAAAACAACCAAUCAGAUUCCAGAAUAGUGGGAGUGAAAGAAAGCUUUUCGUCAUCGUCUUCUCUUUACAUGUCUUCACCAUGUACACUGUUAUUGGCAGUGCAUUGUGUGCACGAGCAGCGAUUUACAUGUGUGAGAGACUUCUCCUGGCUCUGAUUGGUGGAUAGUGGAUUCUUACAAAUGCCGUUAGGAGCACUAGGAGGAUGAGGAGGAGGAACUUGAUUUUUUUCAUAUGUACUACUGUCAGGAUAUAAUGAUUUUUAUAAAAGUUACCUGCUGCAUCGUCAUGGCCAAAUUGUAUUUUUAUUUUAAGACAACUUGCUGAAACCACAGUCACAUGUGACUGGCGGGCGCUAUCGUUCUGUCCAACAGCGUAUUUUUUUCCUCCAUGCCAGAUUUGCCACAUUAUCAUGCCCACAAACAUAACAUCGGAUAUUCGACUAUUGAUUUACGAAACAGUUAAAGUCUGUGUCGUAGUGUGUGUGUGUGUGUGUGUGUGUGUCGAUGUACAAACUCAGGCAUUAGAGGAAAACAAAAACGCCGUCUUGCCUGCCUGUGUCGCCCACUGUUUGAGUGACACAGCAGCCAGCCAAUCACGCCCUUGCACUGACAGCACAACACUAAACUGACAACCGCUUGGGUGCUUUAUGCUUCGUCUAAGCCCGGUUGAUGGUGGCGUUAGAGGAUGUGACCGGGAAUACAAUAAGCUUUUUAUAAUUUAAAAAAAAAAAAAGAAGAAGCAGGACAUCAGUAGGGUCCCAUUGGAAAAGAACAGGAGUCUGAAGAACAGCUGAAACGCUGGAAACAAACAUCCACCCCUGAUUGUUUUGCCAAGGAAAUGUCACUUACUGUAGUUGAAAUACAGAAUGCCUGAGGAUGUCCUUUUCCCUUCCCUGGUUGUCUGUUUCAUACAUCCUGUCCUGUGUACCAGUAUGUACGUCCUUAGUGUGUGUGUGUGUGUGUGUGUGGGCGUGUGUGUUUAUCCCACAUCCCUUUCCCCUCUCCUGUUCCUUGAUCCAAAGCUACUGGGGUCAGCUAAAUAUGCUAUCACAUACUAACACCUAUCCAGUAUAAUCAGAUCCUUGGAUGAUGUGAUGUAUUAGGGACAGGGCCAAUCAGAUUGGAAAGAGUGUGUGAGCGAGUGUGUGUGUGUGUGUGUGUGUGUGUGUGUUAAAUCUUUUUUCUCUGUCUCGUCUGGUGUUUGAGUGUGUUCUCACAUGUCAGAGCCAUUUACAAGUGCCUGAACGCAUCCUCUUUAUCUCCUUGUGUAUUUAAAUUGAAAAAUUAAAGAAACGACACCCUGUAAUGAAUUAGACCCAUUUUUUACGCUUAGUAUUUUUACCUCUGUAAAAAAAAGAGCAAAAAUUAUAUUAUAUAUAUCAAGUGUAUGUUGUACAUUUUUAUUUCUAUUUUUGUUUUUUUAAAAUAACUGUUUCUAACAUGUACGAUGGAUGUAGCUCUUGCUUUCGAGAAGGAACAGGAAGUACUUUGUAGAUACUGAAGGGUGGCCAGGUCUGUGAGAAAACUAAAGUGAAAUGUGUGUCUUACCUUCCGCCUCCAAUAAAAUGAGAGAAAACAGUGAAACCACA